AUGUCUGCAUUCAAGGAUGUUCUGGCCUCUUCUAAACAUAUCAUCGCUGUCGCCGGGGCCGGUCUCUCGGCCGCCUCAGGAAUACCAACUUUCAGAGGGGCCGGGGGAAUGUGGCGCAAAUACGAUGCUUUCUCCAUCGCUACCCCAACUGCGUUUCGUGACAACCCAUCGCGUGUCUGGCAAUUCUAUCACUACAGACGUGAGACAGCUCGUACAGCACAACCAAACGAUGCACAUCGCGCACUUGCAGAAUUCUCAUUUCAGCACAUCAGAGACAGAGUUGCUCCGGAGUCCACAUUUACACUGAUCACACAGAAUGUGGACGGACUCAGUCGCAAAGCAUUGCAUAGUGCCGCCCAAAACUAUGACCUCCCCGUGCCCUCAGAUCAGCCAGAUCCCAUCCUUCUUGAGAUGCACGGCAGACUGUUCGAGGUGAUUUGCACUGCCAACGCGUGUGGCCAUCGUGAGCCCAACUUCAAUUCGCCGAUUUGCCCAGCACUUGCAGGCACCGAGGAACUAGUGAAGGCAGGAGCUGAGGAACCGAACAUUCCGCUCGCAAACCUUCCGCGAUGCACCAAGUGCGGGGCGCUCGCACGCCCUGGUGUCGUCUGGUUUGAGGAGGUCCCUUAUUUCAUGGAGGAAAUCAACACGUUGGUUGAACAAGCUGACUUAUGUCUUGUCGUUGGUACUUCGUCAACUGUUCAACCCGCUGCCAGCAUCGCAUCUGAUGUUCAGGACAACGGUGGAAUGGUUGCUGUCUUCAACAUUGAGCGCACUGAGCGGGAUGAUGAGGCGGACUUCCUCUUUCUAGGUCCAUGUGAGAAAACUUUGCCAGCAGCUUUGGGUAUGAGUGCAUCUGAACGCUUGUCCAUAUGA